AUGUUGUUUGUGCAAAGUGGUACAUGGCGGACAAUAGUGGGGCAUGUUGAUUGUGUAGCAGUGUUCCAACAGCUCGAUAUCCUCGCCAAUCCAUUGCCCGAGGAGCUGAUAGGCGCCUUUGAUGUCGUCCACGUUCGCGCUUUCCUGAGCAUCAUUGUCAACGGGAACACCGCGCCUCUGCUAUCCGCUGCCCGUUCUCUACUAAAGCCCGGCGGCUGGCUGCAGUGGGAAGAGACGAGCGGCGAGUUUCUGGUCGAGCCUUCCACGCCAAACGUCACCAAGGUUAGCUAUGAGACUCUUGCCCAGAUUCUCAAGCAGGGCGGCGAAGCCCGAGGCUUCGAGGUGGAGUUUGUAAACGAGCUCGACAAUCACCUUGGCAAACAUGACUUUGAGGAUAUUCACAUGCAGAAGUUUGCCAAGCACAAACAGGACUACAAGGGAUGGACAGAGGAUUACUUGAUGGUUUGGGAGGAACUUGCGACAUAUCUACCUGCCAAGGCAGACGUGCCUAACGCGCCUGUCACCAAAGAAAUAUGGGCUGAAUUGUUCAAGAAGGCUGUAGCCGAGACCGAGCAAGGUGUUGCGUUGCACCAUGGGUUCAUCAUGACGGUAGUGGGACGCAAGUCUACUUGA